GGUACUAUAAUUCAUACCAUGCUUUGAGAUACGAUAACAUCUGCAUAAGAAAUCACGUGUUGACUUAUUACAAUUUCUACAGGAGCAAUUCAUGCAAGAUGCAGAAGCCAUAGUUACGAUAAGCGAUGAAGAAGAAGUAGAAUCUGCCAACAUAACCAGCAUUGAAAAAAUUCGGGUAUAUUCCUUUCAUAUAUUACUGUCUUAACUAUAGCUGUUUGGGAAGAAAACAAAUUUUGGUUUCUGAGUAGGUGUAUUAUAACACUUAUUUUUUCCCUAAGAAUAUGCUAAAAAUUUAGAGGACUCUAACAAAGUCCAAAAAAGUCCACUAUCAAAGAGGUCACUCUCUCUUAAGGUAUAUUAUCAAGUUCGCCUUUCAUAUUACACACCUUCAAAUUCUGCUAACCUUUCGUACCUGGUAUAAAAGUUUUGUGGCCUCUCCCAUUUAUACUGUCCUAUUUUUCAGACCAGAAGCAGAUCAAAUCGUGGAGGAAGUUCUCUACAAACUAUUGGCUCCACCAACACAUUAAUAACAACUCCAAAGCGGGAGAUGAAGUCUGCAACUUCUCUCAAAAACGUGAAGGAUGCACUGUCAAAGUUCACCUGUGAUGAGCCCAAAAGUUCCAGCAGCCUGCUAGACUCAAAACUAGAAAGGGAGAGGAAGUCACGCAAACGUCAGAUGAUAGAGUCAGGAUCUGAAGAAGAAAAUGCUGUUGCAGCUGAGGAAAGUUUUGACGAUUUCGGCCCCAUUGUUGAAGCAGAGAAAAUCUUGGCAAAAGAAAUGAAAUUAAAGAAGAUGAAGAAAGAAGAGCUCUUCAAACACUAUGUAAGAGUAAAGACUGAGCGAGAUGCUCUUCAGAAGAAAGUAAAGGAUUUGGAAAGAUUGAACAAGAAGAAAGAUAAAAGCCAAGAUUCAAAUUAUGAUGAGGAAGAGGAAGAGGAAGAAGAUAAUGACUAAGCUUGU